ACAGGGCACUGUGAGCCGUCGCCCACUGCUCCCCCGACAAGCCGCUCAACGACCAGCAGCCCAACAACAGUCACGACCGGCACGUGUGAGCCACAUGACGACCAUUGGCAUUGCCCACCAGGUGUCACACCUCCCGCCACGCCGCCUGCUCCCUCCUCGAGCGGUGCUGGUGCUACUAGUCUGCCCCCUCCAGCACCCACUUGCGAAGCCCAUGACGACCACUGGCACUGUCCGCCAGGUGUGACUCCGCCCGUUACGCCGCCUAGUCCGGGCAGCUCUACCAGCCUACCUCCUCCAGCUCCCACGUGUGAGGCUCACGACGACCACUGGCACUGCCCACCAGGUGUUACUCCCCCUACUACGCCACCUACCCCUUCCGCGGGCGGCGGUGGUGCUGUCAGUCCACUCCCUCCGGCUCCCACCUGUAAACCCCACGAGGGUCAUUGGCACUGCCCGCCCGGUGAAUCUCCACCCAGCACACCGCCGACUCCUUCCUCCGGCGGCGGUGUCACAAGCCUACCACCUCCCGCUCCGACCUGCGAAGCCCACGACGACCAUUGGCACUGCCCACCGGGCGCAUCUCCGCCCUCGACCACGCCACCAUCCUCUGGCUCCGGGCCUGGAGGCGGCGGCGGAUCUGGAGCUUCGUGCGAGCCCCACGAUGACCACUGGCACUGUCCCCCAGGCGUGACACCUCCCGCCAGGCCCUCUAGCACUUUGCAGACCUCGUCCAGGUCUUCCCCCGCGACGGGCACAUCACGGACAGCACCCGCGCCCGUCGCCACGGCCGGCGCCAGCAGGCCUCUAGCGGCUGCCUCUUUGUUCGUUUGGUUGCCCGCGGGCCACCUGGCAUCAUCGCUGCUGUUUGCAAUAGCUGUCGGGAUCAUCUGA